AUGGCGCCGAAGAGAUCAGCGGACGAGACGAACGAGGGCGCUCAGAUGCCUGUCAGCCCGCGUAGCAACAACAGCGGAGACGAUGCGAUCUUGAAGGUCGAUAGCCCCAGCGAGAAACAGAUCGCCGAGCUCGUUGCUAUGGAAGAGAAUGCGCUCAUGGACUCGGCCGACGAUCUGGAGAUGGACGAUGAAGGAGCUGUGGAGGAUGAGGAUCUCGGAAGACCAUACAAGCGCAUCUGUCGCGGACGUGAAAGUGCGCUUUCUUUGGCCAUGACUGAUGAAAUCAAGAAAAGUCAAGAUUUCCAUGUCCAUGCCGCCCGCCUCGCUGCCUCGUCGCCUUACUUUGCCGAGCUGCUAGAUAAGCAAAUCGAAGAAGAUGCACCUCUGGAGUUACCUGAAGACGAUCCGAUAGUCUUUCAACUAUAUGCCCACUAUAUAUACGAUAAGAAGAGCAUCACAUCUCUGGAUCUUAGCGCUUCCAAUGCAGUUCUGGAUUCACGAUCUGCAGCUUACGACACAUAUAUCGAUUUACUGCAAGCAUACAUCUUUGGCGAGAAGGUGCAAAACUCUGACUUUCAGAAUGAAGUCAUGAAUCGCAUUUUGCAAUGUAUUGGCAACAUGCACAAUGGGAAAUCGCCCAAGGCGUCAGCACUCACCGACAACAAGGAAGACCUUCCUUCGGCGUCUUCGUCUGAGAAUAUUGUACGGCCGCUCAUCGAAUUGCUUUAUCCAUCACUUCCACCUGAUUCCAUUGGAAGAGGUUUGGUGGUUGAAACAUUCAUCGUACUUUGGAGUCACUCGGACGUGUUGCAGAACUUUGUACCUGAUGUCAGUAGAGAGCUCUUGACAGAGAUUGCCGAGAUGCUGUUGAGUGGAGACAAGGAUCACAUUCGCGAUGCUUGGGCUCAGGCGAUCGAUGGUGAUUACUCCUACUACCAUUCUGCCAGAUACGAUGAGCACUGA